AUGGAGGGGCUGGGGGGGCUGCUAAUCCUGGGGGCUGCUGUGCUGCUGGGAGCAGAGUGCAGAGGUCCUUUGGAGACACCCACAUUUGGGGACAUCUACCAUGUCACAGGAAUCAUCAGCCUGCCCUAUGCAGAGAUCAGGGAGCCUUUUGAAGCCUGGUACAACCUCACGGGGGGGAAGAGCCGCAUCGAGUACUAUGGUGGCCAAGUGGUCACCUACCAGUUUGGCUCCAUGGAGCCCUUCGGCGCCAGCUUCAAGGUGACCCCGGAGACCACGGAGACGGAGCUCAACGUCCGCAAGUGCUUCCGCAUCAACGGCACCAUCGGGGCCCUCAUCGCCCCCCAGAGCGUCUUCCCCAGCCUGGAGAACUUCAGGCGCGUGCGGGAGGAGCGGUUCCGAGGGCAGCGCUGCGCCGUGUGGCAGAACGUCUCCUACUGGGGGCACAAGAAGAACGUGUACACGCUGCGGGUGGGCAGCUCUGCCCGCGGCCCCGUGCCCCUGCACUACGAGGUGAGGGGCUUCAACAGCCUCCUGGGCUCCCACUACGACAAGUACGAGAUCGACUAUUCCUCCUUCAGCCACCGCUUCCCGCCCGGCGUCUUCCAGCUCCCCGAGGGGGUGCAGUGUGAGCAGUGGCCCACGGGCAGCCCCGAGCACCUCCUCGUGGCCAACCCCAUGCAGGAGUUUGUGGGGAGGGGGCCGGACACAGACCACGUCCACCACCGCCUCUUCCACCGCUACAAGGAGCAGUUUGGGAAGAGCUACGGCAGCGAGGAGGAGCACGAGCACCGCAGGCACACCUUCAUCCACAACAUGAGGUUCGUGCACUCCCGGAACCGCGCCGCGCUCUCCUACACGCUGGCCCUGAACCACCUGGCCGACCGCACGCCCCAGGAACUGGCAGCCCUGCGGGGCCGCCGGCGCAGCGGGGACCCCAACAACGGGCAGCCCUUCCCCGCCCACCUCUACACCGGCCUCACCCUGCCCGAGAGCCUCGACUGGCGGCUCUACGGCGCCGUCACCCCCGUGAAGGACCAGGCUGUCUGUGGGUCGUGCUGGAGCUUCGCCACCACGGGGUUUGGGAACUACGCCUGUGACGGGGGGGAGGAGUGGAGAGCCUAUGAGUGGAUCAAGAAACACGGUGGCAUCGCCAGCACCGAGUCCUACGGGCCCUACCUGGGGCAGAAUGGCUACUGUCACUGUAACCAGUCGGAGCUGGUGGCCCCCCUGGCUGGCUACGCCCGCGUGGCACCGGGCAGUGCCGUGGCCCUGAAGGCUGCGCUGGUCAAGCACGGCCCCGUGGCCGUCAACAUCGACGCCUCCCACAAGUCCUUCGCCUUCUACGCCAACGGUGUCUACGAGGAGCCCCUCUGCGGAAACGAGACGUGGGCGCUGGACCACGCGGUGCUGGCCGUGGGCUACGGGGUCCUGCACGGCAAGGGCUACUGGCUCAUCAAGAACUCCUGGUCCACCUACUGGGGCAACGACGGCUACAUCCUCAUGGCCAUGAAGGACAACAACUGCGGCGUGGCCACCGCCGCCUCCUUCCCCAUCCUGGCCUGA